AUGGCUUUUCUGUUAAAAGAUUCUCCAGAAUGUACAAAAUCCGAAUUGGAUUUAUUUUCAUUACCUCCAACGCAAACUGUUAUUGAAAGAGGUCAGUGGGUUGAAUUUCAUCCCCUGGCCAAUGUAUCAGAAGGAAGUCCUGUAGAGUUCAAUAUGUUUCUGGAAGCGGAGAUGAAUAAUACCUUGAUUUAUCACAGACUCAACUAUAUCAAAGUAAAAAUUUUAAAAAGUGAUGGCAAGCCUCUCACGGCUGAAAGUAAAGUGGGACCUGUCAAUCUAUUUUUACAUUCUAUGUUUUCUCAAGUAGAUAUCAGUUUAAAUGAAAGACUCGUUUCCUCAAGUAAUAAUACUUACCCUUACAGGGCCAUGAUUGAAAAAUUACUUAAUCAUGGUUUUGAUACAAAAACUUCUCAGCUUUCAUCAGAAAUGUUUUUUAAAGAUACAGCAGGUCGAAUGAAUGUUUUUGAUCUUAAAGAUUCUCACCCUAAUGAAGGAUUCAUCCAAAGAGCUGAAAUGUUUAAGCUGAGUGCCUCGGUCGAUAUGAUUGGCCGGUUACAUUUGGAUAUGUUUCAUCAAGAAAGGCUCUUAUUGAAUAUGGUGGAUAUGAAAAUUAAACUCAUACGCAGUAAGCCUGAAUUCUGUUUACUGGGUGCUGGUGAAUUUAAAGUUCUACUUGAAAAUGCCUCUUUAUUUGUAAGAAAAGUGAGAGUCAGUCCUGGUGUUGUUCUAGGGCAUGCAAAAGCCUUAGAAAAAUCAACAGCCAAAUAUCCAAUUAAUAGAGUGCUCUGCAAAGCGUAUUCCAUUCCCACAGGAAACAUGAGUUUUGUUCAAGACAAUAUUUUCAUAGGACAAAUGCCUAAUCGUAUUGUGGUGGCAUGUAUUGAUAAUGAUGCAUUUAACGGAAACUAUAAAAAGUCUCCUUUCGAGUUUAAACAUUAUAAUAUUAACUUUAUUGGAGUUUAUAUAGACGGUCAACCUGUGCCUCAUAAUCCACUACAACCGAAUUUUGAUAAAAAUCAAUUUAUACGAGCUUAUCACAAUUUAUUUAUAAAUGCGGAAGACAAGGGUCUUUAUCUUUCGCGAUCAGAAUUUUCAGAGGGAUAUUCUUUAUUUCGCUUUGAUUUGUCACACGACUUGUGUGAUGGUUCCUAUUUAAAUCUCGUUCGGCAUAGCAACUUAAGAUUAGAAAUAAAAUUUGGCACUCCCUUACAGCAAACUGUUUCUUUAAUAGUGUAUGCUGAAUUUGAAAAUUUAAUAGAAAUUAAUAAAGCUCGAAAUAUUCUUUAUGACUUUGGAAACUGA